CCGCGUCAGGAAAGGAGUGUUGCGUCUCCAGGAGGGUCUUCCCCUUCCGAGUGACGUCCGCGCUUGCUUCCUUCGUCAGGCACCUCCCGCCUCACGCCUUGCUUCCUCCCGUCUCCCAGAGUCUACACACCUGCACUCUUGAGGCUGCUGGCGAGAGGAACUGCCGUCCCAAGCCCUCCACCAUGGCCGCCGCUCCGAAAGUUUGCGUCCGUCGCAUUAAGCUUAUCUGUCUCAUGGAGAACGCAGGCAAGGACGUCUUGACCUUCGUGUUGAAGCGCGGCGCGCUGAACGCCCCCGCCACGCCGCCGGGCAAGUCCCUCACUGACUAUCUUGACAACCUCCCUCAAGGCUCGACAGCCAACUAUGGGAGAAUGAGUAACAAACAAAAAAAAGCAGCAGUGAACCACACCGAUCGCCGCCAAGCACAACGCUUCCCUUUAUGGGACAAUUUUGAUUUGACUUUGCUCUGCAAAGCAAUAAAGCUGACGUGCGAAGGCGUGGCGAGAGAUGGCGAUCCCGAAUGGCGGAACCAGAACUCCCUGGAGGGAUUGGUAACGAAAAUCAAGGAUGAGAGGAAUGAACUCUUUCAUGAAGUGAAAUCUUUCAGCGAGGCAGAGUACCAGCACAAAGUCAACGAGUUAGAACACCUCUUUAUCCGAGUCCUCGCCGCAGCCAAGACCAAAUACUGCAUUCCUGACGCAGAGGUGACACCCGUGCAGGACAACGCCCGGCAGGUCACUGAUACCUUCAGAAAAACAGGAAUGGAGAAAGAAAUUUUAAAAGAUUAUUUCAGUAUCAUGCACCAAGAAUUUAUGAGAGACAGUCAGACCCACCUCAAAACAUCCUAUGAUCGAAUGCAAACCUUUGAUCCUCUGUCCUUCCUUACCGACUCACCAAACCACUGCCAUCACAUCCAGGACAUUUUCUGCAAGAUGUCCCUCGUGGAAGGAAGAGGACACCUUCAACAGAGGCGAGACAUCGACACUUGCGACGUGCUGACGGUGACGCGCCGCGCGGGACAGAAUCCACAGCCGUCCACAUCCUCAUCGGCCACGCCGCCCACGCACGGCGCCAAGCCACAGCUCAUCCUGAUCAGGGGCGUGGCAGGAAGCGGCAAAACGACCCUGCUCACCUUCCUUGUCUCAGAGUGGCUUCAGGAGCCCGGCGCCUGCACCAUCAAACACCUGGACGAGUACGACAUCGUGGUGCGUGUCUUGUGCCGCGAUGUCUUGUGCCCAUCUCUCCAGAACUUCCUCAAAGUGAUCCUCCCAAACCAUUUUGCUGUGAUGGACGAACACCUCAUCCCCCUCCUACAACAAAGCAAGGUUCUCUUCCUGAUUGACGGCCUGGACGAACUGUCGCCAGGCACUCCUUCACACAGCCUUGUGAAGGACAUCAUCAACAUCUCGAAAUACUCGCCAGGCUUCACACUCGUCUGCACAUCGCGGCCCGAAACAGUGCAAGACUUCCUGGCCAAAUUACCUGAUGGUUAUGAGGUGUGGGACAUGGAGAUGAAAGGUGUUAGCCAUGAACAAAGAAUUCAUUUUGUCAUGAAGCAUUACAACAGCUUCCCAGACAAGGGGAACAAAGACCCUGAGAGGCUUGAGUACCUCAUGAAACACAUUGGCUGGAAGGAUUAUCUCGGCCUGCCAUUAAAUUUAUUGUUCGUGGCAACACUUUUCUACAUCGAUCAAGACAAGAUCAAAAUCACCACCACCCAGACCAGCCUGUACGUCACCAUAAGAGAUUGGUGCAUAGAAAAACUGCAGGCCAGACUCACAGAUCAUCCACGAGACACAAAGACCCGCGAGGUCCUCAUCUCUAUGGUUCUACAAGAUAUAUACGACAUGUCAUUGCAAGGUCUUCUACAAGACCGACUGACUCUGUCAAAACAGGAAGAGCAGAAGCUGAUUUGUUGCUGCCUUGGAAAAGGAUUACCCAGCAAGGAAGUCAUCCCAGCGUUUUUCAAUCUUCAAGACACCAGUGACAGGCUGGGGCACCAUCAGAAGUACGCAGCCCCACACAAGAGCCUACAGGAAUUCUACGGUGCAUCAGCAAUCGUCCACAAGCUGGUGGAGGACUCACACUCAGCAAACAUACGACGCAUGCUUCACGACCCGCCGCCAGAACAGCUCCGGAACUUAAGGAACCUGCUGCUACACGUGGCAGGUCUCCUCUGCCACCCUAACACACCACCUCGUGCUGCAGCCAUACAAGAGGUGGUGGACCUGCUGGCGGAGACUGGUGUGAAAAGGUGUGGUGAUUGGCUGUCCAUGCUGGAGGACACUGAAGUGAACAGGACUGCCUUGGAUUGUGUUGUCAGACACAUUACAAGUGAUGAGUGGGAGGAGGUAACAAUAACAGACAGCACCAUCACCAGUGCCAGGGCCCUCCUCCCCCUCAUCCCCUCCAAGGUGGUACGGAUACAGCUAAGCAGGAAGGAAUCAGACGUGCAGGGGCUCAUCUUUGAACACCUCAAAUACACUGAGCUAUCCCUGCACCACCAAUACAGGCAUCCAGACCAAGCCACUCUCUGUGACUCCUUGCUGCGUGCCAUGCCCAGGAGUCACCUUGAGUGGUUCACGGGUCACCUAAGUGGUGCCGGCACACAGCUGCUGCAGGAGUGCCGGAACCUGGAGCAGCUCUACCUGGCCGUGUGUGACCAAGACGCCCAAGAGGUUCUGGCCGCCAUCAGCGCCGUCCACGCGUCGCUGCCUCAUCUAUACGCCCUCUUGCAACACGUCCCCGUGGGUGCCGUGAGGACACAGGCGUGCACCACACGGCUGCCUGGCGGCCCACUGGUGAGCCUCGUGUUGUCUGGCGUGGACGAGAGGCUGCUGGAGGAGGCGGCCCAGAUAGCACAGCUCUUGCAGCCCACACAGCGCCCAUACUGGAGCAUCAGGUUCCCCGGCAGCAGCAUGAAGGCAGAUGUGUGGCGGCGCUGCCUUCACAAGCUGGCCAAUGCCGGCGUCACGGUGGAUGGUGAUGUUGGUGGUGGUAUUGUAGCACCGGACACCAGCCCCAUCACGGAGGAGGAGCACAGGGAGCUGCGCACCCUUGCCAGCACCACGAUGUUAGGUGCCUUCACCAGAUGGCCUGAAGAGGACCUGUGGUGGGAGUUCGUGUAAUCCCCGUGACGGCCAGACUCAUCGGUGCUGGAAGUGCAUCCACUCACGAGGCAAACACCUGGGCUGCAUUUAUCCUACUGCAUUGUGUGUGUACAAGUCAAGUACAAGUGUGGCGCUCUCUCUCUCUCUCUCUCUCUCUCUCUCUCUCUCUCUCUCUCUCUCUCUCUCUCUCUCUCUCUCUCUCUCUCUCUCUCUCUCUCUCUCUCUCUCUCUCUCUCUCUCUCUCUCUCUCUCUUUCUCUGAUGAUUAAAAUUAUAUUCUUAAGUUUGUUAGAAUUCUUAAGUCUUGAUGUAGUUUCUCUCUCUCUCUCUGGAUUCAAAUUAUAUUUUUAAGUUUGUUAGAAUUCUUAAGUCUUGAUCUCUCUCUCUCUCUCUCUCUCUCUGUCUGUCUGUCUGUCUGUCUGUCUGUCUGUCUGUCUGUCUGUCUGUCUGUCUGUCUGUCUGUCUGUCUGUCUGUCUGUCUGUCUGUCUCUCUCUCUCUCUCUCUCUCUCUCUCUCUCUCUCUCUCUCUCUCUCUCUCUCUCUCUCUCUCUCUCUCUCUCUCUCUCUCUCUCAUGAUUGAAAUUAUAUUCUUAAGUUUGUUAGAAUUCUUAAGUCUUGAUUUAGUUUCUCUCUUCUCUCUCUCUCUCUCUCUCUCUCUCUCUUACCAUUAAUACCGAUAAAACAUACUUUAUGUUGUUUUCAUUAAAAAAAUAUCACCAUCUACCUCCACUCCAGAUCAAUAAUAAUAAUAUCUCAAGAUCCUCACACAUUAAAUUCCUUGGUGUAACCUAUGACGAUUCCAUGACCUUUAAACUUCACAUUGAAAAUCUCACCCUAGGAAUAUCCAGACAUAUUGCCUUACUCCAUCAGAGUAAAGACUUCAUGCCUCCAUACGUACUGAAGUGUAUUUAUUAUGCUCACAUCUACCCACUACUUGCCUAUUGCAAUCCAAUAUGGUGCACCACUUAUCCUACCUAUCUGAUACCACUUCAACUCCAACUUUAAAAAAUUGUUAGAAUAAUCACAAAUAGCACGUACUUAGAACAUACACGACUCCUAUUUAAACAAACUCAGUUGCUAAGACUAGAGGACAUAACAAAAAUGGCUAUAUCCAUUCAAAUGUAUAAAAAAAUGUAUUCUAUGCAAAACGAUGCCCCCAUCCAUAAUCAUGAUACACGUCACUGUGGCCAACUACGUCCUCCUCCCCAUCGCAUCUCAAAGUACCGUCAAUCUACAUUAUACUUAGGACCUGUUUACUGGAACGAUAUCCCUCCUAACAUUAGAAAUUCACCAUCUGUAGCUACCUUCAAAAACAAACUAAAACAACACAUAAUAAGUAACUACUAAUAAAUACUAAUUAAUGUUGACUCCCAUCACUGUACCCAACUCCUUGUAUGUGGCCAUGUCUAUAAAUUAUAACUUAUUAUAUUUAUCAUUAUUGUAUACGCACUAUGCAUCAUGUAUUAAAUUCAUAAUAAUUAUCUAAAUUAUUUUUUCAUUAUAUUAAAUUUUGUACUCUAUUACUUGUUCCAUUCUUUAUGCCAAUAGAUCAAUAUCUAUAUGCAGACCCCAAUGUAUGUAUUACUUUUUUUUUUUAUAUAUAUAUGUUACUUUUCUUUAAUUUCUUUUAUUAUUGUUUACAUACACAGGUGUAUGAUCGUUUAUGCAGAUGUAUGUAUCACUAAAUUUUCUCACUGCUGUAUAAGAAAAUGUUGUUGAUAUCUAUUUAAUCUUAUAAAUACCCUUAGAAUCCUAUGCAACAUUUAAAAUUAUUCUGUACAACAUUUAAGUACUUACUGUGUAUUGUACCUUAUAUUAAGUCCAGUUUUGUUAGCUUAGGUUUAGUUAUAUUAUAGUUUUAGUUUUGCCUGAAAAGCUUACGCUUAAAAAAAGGCUAGCCAUAAUAAAAAAUUUAUGGAAUAUAAAUAUACAAUGUAUGUAAUGGCUAUAAAUAAAUGUUCAAUGUUCAAA